AUGGCCCCUCCCUACUCGCGGGCGCCUGUCGCGCCCCAGAUCCUCGAGUUGCCCCUGCUGCUCGCCGUCAUGGGCUUCUCGGCCUCGCUCAUGGGUCUCUCGGGUCACGACAUUGUCCUCUUUGCCCGCCUGCGCGACAAGGCCACCAUCAACAACCUCGUCACCAUCGAGGACAACGGCAUCCGCACCGUCGACGUCGCCCUCCUCGCCAUCUCGUCGGUCGCCUUUGCCUUUUCCCUCGUCGCCCUCGUCCUCGCCUGCUGCCAGUUCCCAAAGCGUCGCGGCGAGCGCACCGGAAAGGGCACCUACGCCUACGUCCUCACCGGCCUCGUCCUCCUCAUCCUCAGCGGCGCCUAUGCCGGCAUCGCAGCCGCCUACACCGCCUACAGCGUCAUGAAGACCAUGACGUUCGGGCAGGGACCCGCCUACCGCGAGCCCUUCACCGUGGCCGACAAGACGCUGCUCCGCUCCAUCUACAACCAGUUUGCCGCCUCCCAGUCGGCCGUCACGCCCUACGGCACCACGCAGCAGCUUUCCGCCCUGGGCGAGUGGGCCAACAUCGACACGCUGGCCCAGGCCAACGCCUACCUGCGCCGCAACAACUACCUCCACUACCGCACCUACCGCGCCACGGUGGCCGUGUCGUGGGUGACGCUGGCCACCGUCUUCUUUGUCAUGGUCGUCCACUUUGCGCUGCCCUACGUCCUCAAGGCCCUCGGCAUGACGCGCCCGCCCAAGGAAGAGGAGGACGAGGUCAAGCGCAGGAAGCAGAUGGACGUCGCCCGCGUCAUGGGCGAGAGGCGCAGCCACCGCGGCUACCAGGAGUACUGA